AUGCGUUCUUUCCAGCACGAGAGCAAGCCUGCGCGUGUCAUCUUUGGCAAUGGCACGCUUCAGAGCAAGUUGAAGGAAGAAGUCCAACGGCUGGGCGUGCGUCAUGCUCUGGUCCUCAGCACCGGCUUCCAGGCUGAUCUGGCCCAAGAGGCCGCCAAGCUGCUCGGAGAAGGCGAUACUGCCAUCAAGGUAUCGAUGUACACCAACGCCACUAUGCACACGCCGAUCGAGGUGACGGAAGAAGCCAUGAGCUCUAUGGGCGAUGCCGACUGUCUGAUCGCCUUGGGCGGUGGAUCGACCACCGGUCUGUCCAAAGCCAUCGCUCUUCGCCGUCCUGGGAUGCCGCAGAUUGUGGUGCCAACCACCUACGCCGGCUCCGAGGCCACUUCCGUCGUCGGACAAACAGAGAAUCGCAAAAAGACCACGGUCAAGAGCAAAGACAUCUUGCCUGGUACCAUCAUUUACGACGUUGGAUUGACCUUGACCUUGCCGGCCACGAUGACAUGCACUUCGGGUCUCAAUGCCAUUGCUCAUGCUGUCGAAGGGCUCUAG